GCGUUGUUGACAGCUCAGUCUCCGACGGAAAAAGCAAAUCACUACAAGUAAGUAAAGAGCCCACCGGGCGGGUAGCGUGCUGACUAAAAAACGAUACGCGGGCGAAGGAGAGUUUUGGAUUUAAAAAAAAAGAGAGUGUGUGUCCCAGUGCCAGAGAGUGACAGAACGAAAGGAAGUACCGCGAGCCACCAAACACCACAAUAAUGUCACAUUCUGUGGAUUCGCAUUCUAGAUAUCUUAAAGAAUUUCGCGUCGAACAAUGCCCACUAUUUAUUCAGCGAAAGUGCACUCAACAUCGGCCCUUCACGUGUUUCAAUUGGCACUUUAUGAACCAGAGAAGAAGGCGACCGAUCAGAAAAAGAGACAGAACCUUCAACUAUAGUGCCGACAGUUAUUGUAGCAAGUACGACGAGACGACCGGCAUUUGUCCAGAUGGAGACGAAUGCCCAUUUCUUCAUCGAACGGCAGGAGAUACCGAAAGGCGCUACCACCUGCGUUAUUACAAAACUUGCAUGUGCGUUCAUGACACGGACACUCGUGGAUUUUGUGUUAAAAAUGGACCUCACUGCGCUUUCGCCCACGGCAAUCACGAUCUUCGCCCUCCCGUCUAUGAUAUCAAGGAAAUACAGGCGUUGGAAAAUCCAGAAUCUGACCCCAACAAUUCCUCCAAUGGGCCCAAUAUUCUCGACAAGGAAAGAAACCUCAUGAAUGAGGACCCAAAGUGGCAAGACACGAAUUAUGUCCUUAGCAAUUACAAGACCGAGCCUUGUAAAAGACCACCGAGAUUAUGUCGACAAGGAUACGCUUGUCCUCAGUAUCACAAUAGCAAAGAUAAAAGGAGGAGUCCACGGAAAUAUAAAUAUAGAUCAACUCCCUGUCCAAAUGUGAAACACGGGGAAGAAUGGGGCGAGCCAGGAAACUGUGAACAGGGCGACGCCUGUACCUAUUGCCAUACACGUACAGAACAGCAAUUUCAUCCAGAAAUUUACAAAUCCACAAAGUGCAACGACGUCCAACAGGCGGGCUAUUGUCCACGUGGUGUCUUCUGUGCUUUCGCACACGUCGACCGUGAGUGUACCCUCAUCAAUCUGUUGCCAACAGAAGAAAUGAGCUUGGCGAGGGACAUUCCGGUACCCAUAGAUUGUGGCACAAAUUUGGCGGAUAUUCUCAGCAGCGCUUUACCACCUGACAAAAGAACUCACGACAAGGACAAGCCUCUAAGCGAUAGCAGUAAUGGAAGCGGUGAAGUAUCAGAAUCAGCAAGCACUAGCAGUCUUGGCAGCAAUAGUUCUCAUAGUAAAGCUCCGGGUGCUCAACUCCAUACGAAUUCAAAUUCCAACGCACAAAAACUCAGCAGUUUAUUGUACAAUCCCGGAUCUCUUAUUCAAGUCGGUGACAUUCGGAAGCAGGUCGUGCAGAUUGAAAGCGAUCCUUUACUUACGAAAGCAGAAAAGGCUCAAAGAAAACAAAGUCUUUACCUAGCCUACAAUUUAAAUGGUAGCUUGGGUCAUUCACUUGCAUCAACGGUGACACCGCUAUCUAGUUCUUUCUAUUCAAAUGACACUGUUGAAUCAGUCGUAGGAAAUGCAUUAGACGAGUUAAACUUGGACGAUCCGAUUAGUCUCGUCGAUUCCAUUCAUAGGGACACUAGUUCCCCAAUUAGUAAUUCGAUUUCUGCUGGCCUGGCAAGUUCGGGUCUGCUUGGAAGUUCUGCUCCAGUAAAUAUUCCAGGAAUGGCAGAGCGAUCAGUGCUUUCCAAUUUUUCCCCAUCUACGUCCAGCCCUCUGCAGCAUCUUCAAUCCGGUGGUUUUCUCACAGGAUCAAGGUUUUCUCAUCAAGACUCGAUGGAGUCGACUAUGUCAUUUAUGAACCACGUUUCGGAUCCGUUUAGUAAUCAUAUCUCCCAGCUGAGCAGUUCAGCUUCAAAGCUUAGUGGCUACAAUAGCAGUUUAUUUGAAUUUGCGAAUCAGGGAAUGUCGCCUUCUCGAACUCAGCCUUUACCAGCUUCACCUUUGAUUGGUGCAUUCUCGGUCAGUCCAAACAACUCAGGAUCGCUUUCAGAGUCGCAGGUGCAGAGGUUGAGAGAUGAAUUAACGUCGAGUCGUCAGCAACUCGCAACGUGGGACGAACGCAUAAAUCAGGCGAGAGCAGCCUGUGCAGCGUGGCAAUUGGAAAGUGAGGAGGCAAAGCGUAAAGCAACUAUAGCUGAACAACAAAGGGAUGAGUUUCAAACUGAAUUGCAGGCACUGAAGCAGCUAAGAGUUGAGAAGGAAGCGGCUAACGGUGGACCUUACUUGCAUACUUUGAAGAGGACUAGUGAACUUAGGUCUCUUCCAUUAACAACAUUGCAAUCGAUUCAGUCGCAACUACGUUCGGAUCUUGAAGAACUGGAAAAGGUGCUGUACAGGGAAAAGGCAAAUAGGUGCAUGGUAUGCGAGGAACAAAGUCGCACGAUAACCCUCUCGGCGUGCAACCAUCGUGUAGUUUGUUCAACGUGCGCUCCGAAUCAACACGAUUGCCCGUACUGCCAGACUCCGGUGGUCUCCACAAGUUAGGUAGGAAAACUUCUUCGCGAUCCUUUCAGUUUAUCUCUUAGCGCCAAUCAACAAGGGACAAGUAUUGUCCUGACAAAUGUCGACGUCUUAAUUACUAAAACCGAAUCUUAACACACCUGCGAGAGAAACGAAACCCAGCAAAACAAAAAAAAAUAGCUGACUCCUCAAGGUGGAUGUGAUACAAUUCUUUUUUUUUUCUUUUUUUUUUUUCUUUUUUUUUACUGCCUACAUUUUGUAUUUAUUGUUACAUUCACCCGUACCGGUAUCACUUUAUCUGGUCAUUCCGAAAGCUUUUUUUACUUUAAAGUGUUUAAUUUAACAUAUAAAAACGCAACACUUUUAAAACAGUUUCCUAACUGAUGAACUGUAUAAGCGUCACCAAACUGAAGAUUGCGCUCAUAGUUCUGUAUUUAAAGCUAUGUAAGUAGGAUUUUUCAAUUUACCUCUAGGGGUAUCUAGUUCUUAAAUGAGUAUUAACUGUACAUCUAAUUUGUAAUUUGAAAGACGAGGUUGCUGAUCGUUAUUGGAUUUCUUGAUAUCCAGAUAAUUGGAGAAACCUUGAGAAAUAGUCACCUCUUGAAAACAAUUGUAAUAGGAAGAGUUUUUCUAAUAAUUUUUAAGAGAGCCAAAUCAGUCUUGAGAAAACCUAACUAGCUUUAGAUGCACCGAGAGAAAAAAUAUAGCCGUAACUUGAAUUUUAUAUGACAUGCUUCUAUUUUCAUAACGGCAAGUAGGUUUAACUUAGACUGUAAAUAGGAAAUACUUAUUGUACGUAUAUAUGUAUUGAAUAUAUAAAAUAUAAUAAAUAUUCUGUGGUUUUCUGUAGGUGAAAUAAUACUUUCAUAUGUUAAAUGUAACAAGAAGCAAAUCUAGCUAUUAUGAAAAAAGUACAUGUUGAAUUACUGUGUGAAGAUUAGCGACGCAGAAUGAAUCGCGUAAGUGGCUAGAAUUAAUUCGAGUGAUACAACUCGUUUGUGUUGUAGCGUUUAUUCUAUAAUCGUAUGCCAAUAGGGGAAGUUAGGAUUUUUCAAUUUAUUAAUCAAAAUAUGUAUUUAAUGAUCGCAAAUCCUCAGCUUGGUGGCGCCCCGGUACGUCUUCUCAAAUCCAUCAAACGUAAUUCGUAAUUGAUGAUUGAUAACUGAUGAUUCAUUAAUGUGGAAUUAGUAAUCAGUAGGGCACUAGAAAUUCUCUCAUUUAAAAAAUACUACUAUUGUUAAAUUCUAUGACAAAGAAGGACUAUAGCAUUCGUAAUUAAAAAAAGUAUAUAAAUAGAUAUAUAUAUAUAUAUAUAUAUAUAUUAUAUUAUAUUCAUUAAGCUACAAAUUACUAGGUUAGAUAGGAUGACGCUAUAAAAUUUUUUUCGUAGGUAUUACAAUGUUACGAUAAUUGGUUUUUAAAAGACUUAUCGCCGACAUUUUCAGUCCCAUUCAAAUAUUCCACAUUUACUAAAGAAUAUUUCACUAUUAGUAGCUGCGGUACAACGAAACUUGCAUAACUCUGGCUCAAAUUAUCAAGAAAGCAUUUUAAAAAAUUAGGAAUGAGUGUAAAAAAUUCAAAAUAUUAUUUUGAAACUCUUAAGAUAACAUUUUAUGUUUCAAAAUUUUGGGGUUUUUCAUAUAUGCGGAUAGGGAAAAAAAUUCAAAAGAAAAUUUUUUCCAUUUAAAGAUUUCUAUUAGAAACUUCUAAUUCCAUUUUCUACAUUUUACUAUAACAUUUUUGAAAAAGUAUAUUUUUGGAAAUAUACAAAAAAGUGUUUUAAAAAAUGAUAAGCACAAUCUUUCUUUAAAAAGGUAGCAAAUUUAAAAAUAUAGUAGACCGAAUCCAUUUCGAAUCAUGCAGACCGGAGAUUUGCAUGUUCAGGAUUAUUGGUAUUGUGACAUUUUCCCUGAAAAGUAUAGGAAUUAGUAUUAAAAAAUUCAUUAAUUUUACAUUAGCAAUUUUUUCGGCCGGAAAAAAUGAUUCUUUUUUCCAAAGCCUUGCCCUUUUUGCAAUUUCUCAAUCUAUGAAAAUAACGAAGAACAAAACUGGUAAAGCUAUUUCGAUUUUUUAAAAAUUUUAAACACGAAGUUUUCGCGAAGCGGCUUUUUUCGGAUUUUCAGGAAUGAUAUGAAAUAUAUAGUUAAAUUAACAUAAAUUUUGAAUCUGGGGGAAAAUUGAAAUAGCUUUACCAUUUUUUAUUUGUUUAUUUUUUCAUCGGUUUCUCAUUGGUUCUGCAAACAGGGCAAAAUUUACAGCAAAAAAUAAAAACUAAUUUUUUUACCGGAAAGCAACAAAAAAAAAUACCAAAUAGGAAAUUGAUGAAUUUAUGGUAAGUAGACUAUAUUAUUACCAAUUAUUCAUAAACAUUUCAGGAGAAAAAAUAUGAGGUUUAAAAAAAAUUCUUAUUUUCAAAAAACCGAAAAAAAAAAUUUACAAAAAUGACACAGUUUUUAAGGUAAAAUGAUACAAAUAAUGAUUUUUGAAAUAAAAGAAAAAUUAAUUGACUCGCUUGAUUUGAAUUGGAUUCGGUCAGUACUCGUUUUUUUUUUUUUUUUGUUGAAAAAAAUUAUCGGCGCCUCAUCGUAGGAAUGUUUUAGAUCACAAAAAAUAUAGACACGUGUACCCCUGCUACUAUAAUAAAUUUAAUAUAAAUAUAAUAAAUUCUUAUAAAUAAAAAAAAACAAGGGGCUGAAAUCGUAGUCGAUUUAAAAAUUGCAAUAAUACCCUUCUAUCACUUUUAAAGUUCGACAAGUUUUUAAAUGGAAUUCUUGCCUCGAAAAUACUAACCAAUUGGUAAAUAAAAGAAGGAUCGAAGUGGGUAUUAUGACAGACUUCAGUUAACCAAUCGUAUGUUUGCGCAAUCCAAUUGUUACUUUUCUCAGUCUUAAUUAGUAUUUUCCCUCUACCUUCAUAAUUUUGUAUCAAAAAAUGAGGCCAAAAAGAAAUGUUUUUAUUAGGUCAGUUUUUAUUACAAAUAAAUAUUAAAAUAUUAAUAAGCGUUAAUGGAAAAAGUAUGAACUUAUUAACCCAUGAUGUGCACGGUUUAGUAAAACGAUAUAUGCAGAUAUAAAAAAAUAUCUAAUAUGUCGCAUUUCGUUUUUUCAGAAGGUGUCUUAAAGAUUCGCGAGAGUAGAUAAAGAAAAAUUGUUGUAAUUGUAAAUUAUAUAUUUUAUAGCGAUUCAUACUAUGAAUACGAAAUUUCACUUUCGUAAUAAAUAAAUUUAAUAUCCAAUAAUCGUACAUACCAUGGGUUAAUUUUUAAAAUACUAUCUAGGAUUUAAUCAAUUUAGCGCUACGAUAAUGCAUUUUUCAAUUCUCGUUCACGCAUUUUUUACGAGUUUUUGUGUUAAUUAAAGAGCAGAUUUUCAGAAGAAUUUGAAAGAUUAAUACUCGACGUAGUUUUUGUAGCCAAUGCUCGUGAAAAAUGAUAUGCACGAUUAAUGUGAGCUCGCCGUGAUCGUCAGUUCACUCGAAAAAUUAUAUUAAUUUAGUUUUAACGACUUAGCUUUAUCGAUUCAAUAUUAUCGAUUUAAUUAGUAAUUUAUCUCUUUCAAUUUAUUAACUUUUUCUUGAUUGUACAAACAACAAAUUUCCAGAUAUCUGGUUGUUUCGUAUUCAACAAAAAAGAUAGUACCAAUAUUAUAGCAUUUUAUAGUAUUAUUCAUUUUUUAUUCCUAGGGAAUUUGUCGUUGAAAUGAUGCAAAUGUCAAAUCACAAUCAAAAUCCAUGUUAAUCGAUAAACUGCAUGUUUUUAACACUGCAGUCCGAAAUUUAUUUUAGGAUUUAAUUAUAUUUUUGUAGAAAUAUGUGGGCAUUUGAAAUAUCAAUCGAAAUGUCGUCGAAAAAAUGAAAAUUUAUCUAUUUUUUUAAAUAAUUAAGUUUCCUUUUAUAUCGAGAUUAAAAUGAGACCUGUCAAAACUUUCGAUCACGCCAAGCAAAAGAAAGAAUAUAUAGAUAAUAUUCCUGAAUAAUAUAAUGAUAUAUAAAUACUAUAAACAAUUACAUCAUAUUACGCUAUUUUACCUGUAACGAUAAUAUACUGCGAUCAUAUUAAUUAUUAUUAUUAUGAAAUUAAAUUAUAGCGAAAACGACAAAUUUAGCUACAAAUAGAUUAAUAGAAGAGUAGCAAUGUGAAUAAUUAGCUAUUAUUACUUACCGAAGAAAACUUACACAGUUGAAUAUUUAUAAAAAAGAAACUGCCCUAUUUGUUGGUUUCUUUGCUUUCACGAAUAUUUAUUUCUUAAUAUUUUUAACUCUAUUUUUAGUAAUGUUUUUAUCAAAAUUAAAAUAAAUAAAUAAAUUUACAAACUGAUCUCGCUGAAGAGCUUAGAAUGAAUUUUUUCGUUAAUCAAAGAAGGCCAACAACCGGGCAGAAAAAAUUGAACAGAUUAGCUAUAUUUUUGAAAAAUUACAAAACAAUACAAAAGCGACGUUUACUAACCUCUUUGUACAAAUGAUUCUUCUACGAGUUUACCUCUUUGUUGAUUCGAUUCAAUCAAAAAUUUCGUCUCGCGAGACGUGUUUUUAGAUGAAUUUAAUAUAGAAAAUCGGUGAAAUUGAAGAAUUGUCUGGACAUUCGAGAAAGAAAAACCUACACAUAAUCACUAGGCUACUGUACAAUAAUAAAUUUACGUAAAAUAGUGGUAUCCGACGUCUUGAAACAAACAAAAAUAAAAACAAAUUUCGAUUCAUUUAUAUAACAAUUACAGUUAGUCGACAAUGAUCUAUUAUUAAUUCAGAUCGUCUUUAAAAAGUAGCUUUUUAUAUUCGACUAAUGAAUUUGUUAUGCGAUUACGGCUUUCAGUUUGACACUUUCUGCUAAUCGAGUGCUUUUUGAAAAUCCAUGGUGACGGGUGCUUUUUAAUGUUAUCUUUCCCAUUUUUGAUGUCAAUUCAAGGGACCAAGUUUUGUUUACUCUUUUGUUUCCUCUUUUGUUUCUUUAGUUUUGGGUUAAAAUGUCUUUACCAAAAUUAAAAAGAUUUCCGGGCAAUAUUUUCUUGUGGAUUCGAAGAAAUUUAGAAAGCGUCGAUUAGCAUGGCAAAUAAUGGCAUUUUGGUCACCAGGUUUAAGAAAGUAAUGUAGUUAUCAAUCGCAAAUGAUGGAAGUGAUGUUACAUAUUCGAUUUCUAUUGGACAUUCUGCAUCUUUAUAAAACCGAAUCGCCUCUUCUGUAUUAAAGAUCCAAGAAAUUUGCAAAUUGGUGUUUUGACUUUUGAUGAAAAUUUGCCGGGAUCAAUAUAAAUGCAGAAUCCAAUAGAAAUGCGCCUGUUAAAGCGUUCGACUAUUUUUGCAAUAACGAGACAAAACCGUCUUCCGGAACAAUAAUACGAUGUUUGCGUAGCCUAAAAAAAAACACAAGUGUAGGUGAAAUCGAAAGAGGAAUAAAAGACAAAUGUUUAUAAAUAUUAUCCAUAAGCUUGAUCUAGGUGUCACUCUUUACAAGGAUGAGAAAAACGUGUCGUUUGACUUAUGUUAGGGAAAAGAGAAAAAAUAUAUUCGUAAUAUCUAGCUUGCGGUGUUAAAAAAAAGCAAUGUGCUAUGUAUUUUAACAGAUAUUCCAGAAACCUUGAUCUACGAUUUUAUAGUCAAUUCCAUCCCAGGAAAGGAACUCAUAUUUGUUUCUAAAUCGGAAUCAAGAAUUUGGAUUUUAAGGGCAUGUCAAAGUUACUGAAUUUUUUUUUUAACUUACGUCCGCAUACAAUGAAAUCUCCAGUUGAAAAUUUGAGAAGUUAUUUAAAAGGCACUAAGAAACGAUAAAUGGUUCUAAAUUUUUAGAAUGAAGGCAAAGGUUCUAAUAAUCGUGACGCCAAUUUCCUUUUUUUAUCUUUCUUUUAUCUAACUAGAAUUAAAAUUCCAUUUGAUACUAUAAAAUGCCAAAAAUAAUCGGAUUUUAUGAUUAAAUAUUACAUUAAACAUAUUUUUAACAAUAAAUUUAAGUUAUAACUGAAUUUCACGAUUAUUGGGACCGUUGUUUGGGAUCUUUUGUUUCAUUUCCCAAAUUUUCAACUUAAUUUUCUAUUGACGUAAGUUGUUAAAAAAACAAUUUCUCAAUUUUGAAAUUCUACAAAGUAAAACUUUAGGAUCAACAUAAGACACAGUUUUUGUUUCCCCUUUCUUGGAGUUACAAUUGAAAAUUAAAUUUGGAAUCAAGGUCUGAAUCUAGACAGGGUGGCUAUGAAGAUUCGCCAAAAAAUCUCGAAUCUGAAAAUGCGAAAGUCCUUUUUUAAUCGCGAUAUGGAUGUUGAAGGACUUGAAAAAUAAAUAAAAAUAAACUUCACUCGAAUUCUGAAGGCUCGUCGCUACUCUGUAAAUCGAAACAAUAAUACUACUGAAUUAUCGUAGCUAUAAUACAAUAUUAAAUAUAAUAGACGAUGUAACAAAUGAUUAGAAAUUUAAAAUGGUCUGUCGUUCUGAUUGUGGUUACUUCUAUGUGUGCAUUUUAUAUGUAUACCUAAAGGAUUCUCGACUCAUAUCACCGACUGUUUGAUAUAAUUGGAAUUUUGUACGUUUUUAAAAAUCUCUCUUAGUAUACAAAGUAACCGCUUGAGCGUUGUAAUUAUUUUUUUGUACAAUCUACGUCGAACUAUAGCUCAAUUUAAAAAAAAAAGCACUGCGAGACUCUCAAUCAUAUGUAAGUUAUAAAUAAAUAAUUAAAAUAUAUAUAAUAAAUAUAUAUAUAUAUAUGUAAUUAAAUAAAUUAGAAAUAUAAAUAUAAUAUUUACGAUAUUAUACGACUUUUAUGAUACCUCAGCUACAGAUUUUGAAUGGUCUGAAAAUAAGGCAAGACUGCUUAAUCGUGCGAUUUCAAGGACAAGUGGGAAUCGCAGUGCUUUUUUCCGAGGCUUCUUUCGAAUUGUGAAAUUGUCGAAAAUCUCUUUUUGUUACUUGCAUAACGAAAACGAAUCAAGAGGCGACAAAUUUCAUAUUUCACUCAAAAUUUUCACUGCGGAAUACGGAUGUCUCUACCAUCGAAUUUAAUUUACGCUUGUCUAGCAAAAAAAAUGUGGUUUUGUUUAGCUUCAUUCGUGUGGGACCUCACUAUUAUUUAUUAAUUUUAAGGAUUAUAACGAGAGUUGCAAUUUAGAUUACUCUGAGGAAAUGCGGGACUAUUCAGUUCCAAAUUGAGGGCUCGGAUUCUAUAACCACCUUUACAUUUUUUACAUUGAACAUGGUUGUCUCUGGGCAGUUUUCCAUCAAGUUUCAAAUUAUAAUUUCAAAAGUGCAAAUUCUUUUAGAAAAUUUAAUUUUGCAUCUAUUCCGUAACAAAAAAGUUGUAUGAUUGUAUUUUAUGAUUUGUUGUAAAUAAUUCUUUUCCUAGAAAGCAUAUUUAUAUCUUUCGGAACAACAUAAAAAAUAUUUCCUGAAAAAUUAAUUUAAAAAUUCAAAGAAUCGGCUGAAUUACAGCGAGUUGAAGUCAAAAAUGGUGAAAAAAUGUUAUUUUCUUUAAAAAAAACGUGUUUUUCGGUUUAGUUCGGAAACAGAAAAAGCUACAACUUUUUUUUCUCAUGAAAAAAAAAGAUGUAGAGAGGCCAACUACGUUCAGUAGUACAAAUUAAUAAGUGAUUCCGGAAUCCGAGGCCUCAAUUGUGGUUUGUCCGUUUUGUGAUUUCAUCGAUAUUUUCACAAUAAUGCAUUUAAUUAUUUUUUUCUACGUUCUGCGAGGCUGUACACGAUUGUCUUAGAAAAAUAAUUUGAAAAACUCGAUUUGAUUUUUAUUUUAAAGAAAUAGAGAACAAAUUUCUAUGAAACUAUUGGCCUAAUAAACCAUUAAAUUGAAAAUUUCACUAUAAAGACAAACUUGAAACUCAAAUUUGAAGCUAUCGAAAAGUACAAAGUUCUUAAGAAUUAUUUCGCUUAAGAAGUGUUUUUCAUUUCAGUUUAACUAUAGAAGUUUUAGAACUCGUGCUUUAGAAUUGAGGAUAAAUUAAAUCAAUUAAAAGCAGUCAAUUUUAUUUCUAGUAAUUUCUUCUCUAUAAAAUUUAACUUAAAAGGCUUCUAUUUUAAGAGAAGAGAUUUUAAUAGAGUAAAUUAGAAAUCCUGAAAUUUUUCUUUAGAUUUAAAAACUUUUUAAAUAUUAUUUGGCAUCGAUAUCAAUAAUAAAGCUGCAAGAUCGCGAAAGCGAGUUUCUUGUUUGAGUAUAAAAGUCUGAUGCUGCGUACAAAAAGAAAGGUAUUGUUAUAAGUGCAAAGCUGACACAAAAGAUAUUGGAUACGUGUACAAACAAUCGAAAUGGUUUAAUUACAUUCAGCACAAAAAAUAAUUGCGAUUCAAUGUAUGAUUAGUAAUGAUCCAAUUUGAAUCGCGAAUUUUACUGUAUAGAAAGUAAAUGAAGAAAACAGACAUGUUCUGACACAUAAAAAAAGAUUUCAUUUUCAAAUGCAACAAGUUUUUUCUGCUAAAAAUUCUACAUGAGUGUAGCAAAUUGUAAUAAAUGUCAGUACAAAUUGAGUA